CGUGGAGCAUGUUUUGCUCUGUCAGGCCUUUCGGAUGACUCCAAUGUCAGGGUUCUCCUAUAUACUUUACGAAUCGUCCUUGAGACUGGAAGCUUGACUGUGAUCACUCUUAUAUUUCUUUUCUUCCGGUGAAGCAUAGCCUCCAUGUUAUCCUAUUCAAUCCCUCCACCUUGAAACACCCUCUGCGGCCAUCCCUCACUCAAAGUUGCUUCUCAAUCUUAUAUCCCUUUGGAUCACCCAAAUUUUCGUCCAUUACUUCAACAUUCUUUCAAUCCGUCAACGUGGCUGCCCUUGGAGUAUCUCAGCUGUGUCGUUUGACUGAUUGUUCGCGGCAGACGCGCAUACCGACUUGUGAUCCGAAACCAAUUUCAUUGGCUGAUCUCCUUCCAGGAGGUUCUCCCUCCCUCUCUCAACUUCGACUGCUCGAGGUGCAUAGCCUUUCAGAGAGAGGGAAGGACCACCCAUGCCCAGAGACGCGGCUCUCCAGAGGAGACCAGGAGCUUAUGUCGAAGCGGUCGCAUGUGCCAGAUAUCCCCGAUCAGAGUUCGCCAACUGAAGGUUCCAGCCAGCUCCAGCAUGAGCCAGAAAGAUUCCCUUCCACGGCCGGUGAUACUACUCCUGUUCAUGCAGCAUCUCGCUCAAUCGCAGUGGAUUCAAUUCUGAAUCCGCCCGCAAAUCCGACUCUCGAAUCACCCUCUCACCAAGGCAGCAAUGGCCCACUAGAGUCCCCCGUUUCGUCGACAUCCCCCUCUCCCUCCCCGUCUCCAGUUGUACCACUUUCCCAAACGGACCCCGCGCGCUUUCGACUCGACAGAUCCGUGUCUCCAAGGCUCCAUCAACGACGAAUAUUGACCCCUCGAUCCCCCGCUUCUCGUGCUGCGAGCUUGGGAACCAGAUUUGCUUCAUACCCAGGAACCAUGGAUGUAGCCCAAUUCCCUUUCAUCCAAUCUCCGCCUCCACAAAGCGGUGCAACUUUACCGGGCAGUUAUAGUCACCCUCAACCCUCCUUUCUCCCUGAACAGCGAACAACUCUUCCACCUUCACAAGAUACUGCCCCAAGCACUCCACAUUCUUCUUACAGCCCCUUCCAGCAGGCGUCGCCAGCGCAUAUGCUGCAACAGCCUUUACCACUGUCCCAAGUGGGAUUGCCUCCAUUUAUAGCUCAUCAGAUGGCAAUGGAAAGCACUCAGGGGCUGAUACCAGUGACCAUUGACAUGGAUUCUGGUUCAAAAAAAGCGUCCGACAAGCGGAAGAAAAACAGCCACGCCUCAAGGAGAUUCCGCCAAAGGAAAAAGGCAACUGAAAAUGAAAAAGCCCGCAUCUUAGAAAAACUGCAGGAGGACAUGAAAUUUUUAAGGCAAGCGGUCGCAUUUUAUCGAAGUGAGCGCGAUUAUUUCCGUGACUACAUCAGUAGGAUACCGGGUGUGCAUAUCCCUCCUCGUCCUGCUUCUCCUCAAUUUCCGGAGCAGGCCCCGGUAAUUCUUACUCAGGCAUCUGAAUCAGAGUCAGAUGGUCGGGUAACGUCUCGUCGCAAUGUCCGGUCGCGAACCGGUCCUCCAUCUUCGGGAGUGUCAUUGCCGACUACUCUUCAACCACUACCAUUUAAUCUUCCAGGCUAUCAAUCCGCUCAGCAGUCCCCAUGGCCCCCGUCAUCCGCAACGACUCCCGAGGCUUCACAGCAAUUUCAACCACCUUUCCACGCUCCUUAUCGUGCUCACCCUCCCGCAUCACCGCAGAGCCAUGACGCCAUGUUUACCCAUCAACAACAACCUCCAAAAGGGUGACUCCAUUGAUUUGGUUGUAUUGACUGCCUUUAUUGCAUAUUUCGGAUUGGAUUGGCUCAUUCGAAUACCUGGAAGUAUUUAAUUUGAGGUCGACUUCGACCCGAGUGUGCAGGCGUUGAUUAGGCAAUGCUCGUAAUCUACGUCUUACUCUCCUAUUGUUUUAUAAUGCGUGAUCAUGGAAGACCAAUUUCAUUCUUCAACACACCCUUUGCGUUUCUUUGCAUCCGUAUUCUAUCGUUACUAUUUGUUCUGGCUGGGGACCACAAACCCCGUCCAAAUGUCUGGUUUGUAUUUUUACCUCAAGAUACCCUGGGUGGCACGAGUUCUUCGCUAUGCUUCCUUGAAAGUUUAUUCUUUGCCCCGUAGCAUAAUCAUUUUCCUUAUUCCACAUUUUGUCAUUUAUCCUGCCGGUUGCACCAUUGCUAUUUGUGUUCUAUUUCCAUUUCCUUGGGCUCUCUAAGUUUUGCUACCCUUUGCUUGUUUUCGUUAUAUAAGCCUUCGGAUUGCUUAUGCAAAUAAAUACGUUUUACUAAGG